UAUACAGUGUGAUGGACUUACUUUACACAAUUUCACUCAUAUCUGCAGUGCAUUUCAAUUAAAAAUGUAACCGUUUCAUAAUUACAGUACAACUGCGUUUUUGGAGAUGUGAAUUAAAUAUUUGAAUUGUAAUUGUGAUGUUUCAGCGGAGCGGUGAGUGUGUAAUUGUGCACUACUUACGCAUUCAGGCGGUCUGCAAUACUUUGCCACGCUUUUUCUCUUUGCUUUAUCACUGUGGCGGUGUUGCCUUUCUUCUUAAUUAUAUCUUUUACCUCCUCGUAUGCCUCCAUGAGGAUUUGUGCUUCCGACGGGGAAAAGUACGCGGCUCUAGUUGCCAUGGUAAAUCAGUUAAUCUGUGAUCUGUGGCGGGGUCUAUUUGAGUGAGCCGUGAGCGCGCACCUAUCCAGGAUUGGUUUCACCUGGUUUAAUGAAUCCGUGUCUGCUCAUCCUGGCUUGGUCUUUGUGCAACCAAUUAAGCCUGGACGCACAUGUUUUGGCUUCAUUGAGCUCAGCUUAGUCAUUUAUCCCGGAUGUCUUAAUUCUACUUUUGUGCAACAGGCCCCUGGUGUAUACCUUGGUAUUUACUGGCCAGUGCUAAUACCACCAAUUUUCUAGGGCUGUUGUAGUCUUAUAUUUACGGUAAUAAAUACUUACGUCACGAAUUGAACGGAAGGGCGAUUGCUCACACGUUACCCACUCACUACAUUGUUGCCAUUUAUCAACAUCUACGGAUUGUUUUUUGCACAUUAUCUUGGACAUUUUAUAUUAUCUACUUGACAUAGAGAAUACACAUCUGUAAUUUGGGCAGGACAAGAUGGCGAGCUGCAAUUUUCAGGCGCAGUUGGUAUCCAUUAUGGAGGUAUUGGCUAAAGCAGCAGUAGCAGAAAUAAACAAACGCGUAGAUGAUAGCUGUGCUGUUAUACGUUUGGAAAUGACCCAAAGCCAGCGAGAUAUUGAUGUAUUGAAAAGGAAGUGGCAAAUGAUGGAGAGCGAGCUGGAGAAGACGCGCAGACGAAAAGAGAGAUCUUCAUAUCCAGUCAAAAUUGUUUUGAAUAAGCAGAGGAGUAGCUCACAGUGCAGAGACGAAGACCUGGCUGUUGAAGAGGACUCUCAACCCCAGUCUACCGAUGUGGAGCAGGGAGUGAAGACUGAACUCAUACUGAUCAAAGAUGAGGAGACAGCAGAGGACGUGUGGAAGACUGACCCUCAGGAAGAGCUCAGGAUCAUUGGAGAGGAAUCUGGUUCCAAGCCUGGGAAACCACCAUCCUUUGAGCAACGGCACUGUGAUGAGGACUUCAUCACACAACCCAAUAUAUCUCCCAGAGACUCCGUGGAACAUUACCCAAAUUCUGAUCGUCCAGAGGAACCAGGAACAACCCGGCUCACAUCUACAGAGGUGUUCAGUACAGAGCAGCACCGGCCGGACGAGGACAACGACUCACUAGACCUAGUGAUGGUGAAGGAUGAGGAGCUGGAUCAGACCACGGCCCUGGCAGGACCUGACCAGUUUGUCAUGGAUGAGACUGAUGGUCAGCUGUGGACCUCUGUGGAUCCAGGCAGAGACACUGACCCUGUCUGCCACCCAGAUUUCUCCUUUCAUUCCACAGAAGAGUACUCUCAGAAUAUCUCAAUUUACCCAUCUCAUAGUGGGCUGCCAUCUGUUCCUACUAUGACAGAUGAAGUGGGGCCAUCGCUUCACUCUUCUAUAUGGAAACCACAUGCUAACAUGUUCAGUGCAGCAAAACACAUGACAAGACAUGUCAGGACAUUGGCUGAUGAGACUAGACAACAGAUGCCAGAGGGACAGAGCAGCGAGACGCUGAACUCAAAUAAUGAUGGAAAUAGUUUAGCUCUACAGCCAAGGAAGCAUCAAUACAGGGCUUCAGAAGCAACAGUGAGAUUGAGUGAGUGCAUGACAGGGUCAAACAUGGCCACCACCUCCACCUUCUCUGGAUACAGCCUGAGUCACAGUAGUUUUAACAUGGUGAAGAGAAUGAGGACUCAGUGGAGGUCGGGCGGCACCACCGAGAGGCGUUUCAGCUGCACCUUCUGUGGGAAGAGCUUCCAGCGUCUCUGCCAGCUCAAAGUACACCUCCGGAGUCACACCGGAGAGAAACCGUACACCUGCGAACAGUGUGGCAGGAGUUUUACCAAGCAGUGCAACUUGAUCAGACAUGCUGUGGUCCACAGUGGGGAGAAGCCCUUCGAGUGCACACAGUGUGGGAAGUGCUUCACCCAGCGUUCCAAUAUGACAUCACAUCAGAGAACUCACAUAGGAGAGAGUCCAGUGUCUCCAUGCGUAGCACCUGCAUACUCUGGGGAUCCACACACAAGUUUAAUGUAGUCUCAGAACAGACGGAACAUAAUUGCGUUAUGCUUCGGAAACACUUUCUAUGUUAAUUUUGGUUUAGAAGGUAUUUUGAGAAAUGUUGACAACCUUUUCCUCCUCAUUGAUUUGUGAAAUGGUUUUCAUGUUUCACUGUUCACGGAUCCUCACUUUUUUUAAUAACCUUUUUAUUUACAUCUAACAUUUUAUAUCUACCACAAAAUCAUAAAACCAUAUUAUAUUCAAGCAAAUGUAUUUAAUGAAAGAGUCCAUCUGUGCUUUUAGAUGAAUAAUAUGUAGGAAUAAUUUAGUCUGUAUUGUCUAGGUAGUGUCUGACUAUCUGGAAUGUCACGUCUUUCCAGAAGGGACAGUCUCAUAUCAGGUCAGGUUAAUAACUCAAUUCAACUUGAUUUUCAGUUAGGUUUGGAAAUUACUCUGCUGCCCCAAAGUGUUAAGUUCCUGUAUGUAUUUUCAAAACGAGGCAAUAAAAUAUCUGUUUGUGUAA